AUUCUAUCCCAGCUCCUUGAUCAAUGGCGUCCACAGUGAACAGCAUUCAGCGUUUUUUUGGGAAAAAGAGCCCAGAAGAGCUCGUACGCAAAUGGCAGCAGGAGAUUCGAGCGCAGACCAGAGGCAUAGAGCGUCAGAUUCGUCAAAUAGAACGAGAAGAAGCAAAAGUUAAACAAGGCAUAAAGGCUGUAGCAAAACGUGGAGAUGUCAAGAGCUGUAAAUCACUUGCAAAAGAACUAAUAAGAUCUCGGAAACACGUUGAUCGACUCCAUACAAGCAAAGCCCAGCUCAAUUCUGUAUCCAUGCAACUUAACCACCAAUUAGCUACACUGAAAAUUGCUGGAACAUUACAAAAGAGUGCAGAAGUCAUGAACUUGGUAAAUCAGCUAGUUAAGCUGCCUGAAAUCGCCAAGACAAUGCAGGAAAUGUCAAUGGAGAUGACCAGGGCGGGGAUCAUGGAUGAGAUGAUUAAUGACACCUUUGAGAUGAUGGACGACGAGGAUUUGGAAGAAGAGGCUGACGAGGAAGUGAACAAGGUGUUAUAUCAGGUCACCGAAGGGACGAUGGGCGAGGCAUCUUCUGUGGCAAAUCUGCAGAACCCACUCGUCACAGAGGAAGAGGAAGAAGAGGAAGAACCAGAGUUAGAUAUGAUGCAAAAGCGACUAGAGGCUUUGAAGGGAUAAAUGUACUUUAAAUGAUAAUUAUUUUGACUGUGGAGGUUUCAACCGGCUUGUACCAGGUUUUUUUUUUCGUGCGUGCGGAACAAAUAUGGCAAUAAAGACACUUUUCUUGGCGUCAUCGAACCUCAAAAGUCACUUGUCCCAAGCACACCUUUUGUUACUCUUGCUGAUAUCCCUCCACGAUGAGUAACAAACUACAAAAUAACCUUUUUCAGCUCAAG